AUGGGUCUGGAAAACAACAACUCUGACCUGGACAAACCUGUGAAGCAGAAACGACACAGGACACGCUUCACUCCGGCCCAACUUCAGGAGCUGGAACGAAGCUUCGCCAAAACUCAUUAUCCGGACAUCUUCAUGAGAGAGGAAUUGGCCCUCCGGAUUGGCCUCACCGAAUCCCGUGUGCAGGUUUGGUUUCAAAACCGUCGGGCCAAGUGGAAAAAGAGGAAGAAGACAACGAACAUGCUCAGAGCACCCGGUCUUCUCCCGUCUCACGGACUCUCCCCUUUCGGCAGUAUGAACGACACACUCUGCACUUUCCAUCCAGGCGACACACGUUGGCCUAGCAUGUCACAGAUGACACAGAUGUCUCAAAUGUCGCAGAUGGCGCAAAUGAACGGUAACCCUCUGUCGCUGCCACCGACUCUUCCCCGUCAGUCUCUGGGACCUUCGCUCGGCCCUCAAGUCUCGGUGGGUAACCUGGGGUGCGCAGUGACACUGGGUAACGGCAUUGGGGUAACGGCACCAAAUAACAGUCUUUAUUCCACGGGGUACGGCGGGACAUCGAGUUGCUCUUCACCUUUGUCCGCCGGCUCCCCAAGCCCCUCAGUGGCCAGUGCUCAGAUGCCGUGUAGCAUGCAAGACGUUGGCGACGGAUGGAGAGGGACAAGUAUUGCCUCUCUGCGCAGGAAGGCUUUAGAACACACGGUAUCAAUGACUGGCUUUAGAUAA